AUGAUCUCCCCAAAAUACGCAUUGACCCACUACUGGCGCUCGGCAAAGGCCGCUGGCCCAACUACGGCUCCACACGUGGUGAACUUAUACUUGGACUAUAACUGUCCCUUCUCAGGGAAGUUGUUCUCGAAGCUUCUUUCGGUGAUCCCGGCGCUUGACGAUAAGCAUCCUGGCCAGUUCCAGUUUGUGUUUGUCAAUGUGAUCCAGCCAUGGCACCCAAACUCGGUGGGUUUACAUGAAUACUCGUUUGCAAUUGGCCAGUUGUUGAGGGAUAAGAUCCCAGACAAGUCGAACGACUUCUUCUGGAAGGUUUCCAAGACGCUUUUCGAUAACAAGGAGGAGUUCUUUGACUCUGCUACGGUGAGUCUCGGCAGAAACGAUCUUUAUAAGAAGAUUAACGAUGUGGUGUUUUCCAAGCUUGAUCUUCCAAUUGCUCAGAAUGACGUUUUGGAUAGGUUGGAGAUUAAGCCUUCUUCUUCAGCUAAGGAGGCCAAUAACGACGGUAACGCUGCUACUGCUGACGUUAAGUACUUUACCAAGUACUUGAGAGGCGUGGGUGUUCACGUUACGCCUACGGUUAGCGUGGAUGGCAUUGUGGACGGCAGUGUUUCCAGUGGCUCUUCUCCUGAGGAGUUGACCAAGGUGUUUGAAAGCCACUUGUGA